UAAAGCCGGUAAAGGGCAUAUUAACCAAGCGUUAGGGCCUAACUCCCUCUAUCUUAAGAGCCUGUUCUUCUCUUUCAAUAUUUCCGUUUUUAAUCUGCACGAUUCAAAAAACGACAAAAUCUCCUGUCCCUCCGACAACCUUUGCAAAUGGCCAUGAGGAUCCCUUUGUUUCAGUUUUCCUCGAAUAACCUCCCACGACCUCGGAAGUUGCCGAACCAUCCUUUCACCAGCAGACCAAACAAGAUCCACAACAUCUCAUGCACCAAAAAGAACCUCGGUGAUACAGCCCUUGCAUUAGAUUUGGCAAUAUCUGUGGAAAAGAUUAAUACCCAUUUGGAGCAAAAAGAGAAAGCCAUGAAGAAAAGUAUGGAGUUGCUGUUUUCAGAGCUGUGCCAGUAUUUGUCAUUGAAAGAAGAGGAAGUGAAUAUGAAAUGGAGGAAGAUGAAAGAAGAGGAGAAAUGGGUUUUAGUUAAGGAGUUUGUUAAUGAAUGGGGUGUUAAUUUUCAUCCACUGUCGGUAAGGUCAGUCAAGGAAAUGGUGGAUGAAUAUUUACAGGAUGACAAAUCUUCUUCAGUUAUGUUUCCUGGUUUCAAGAGAAUGUUGGGGCUUUCCGAAGAUACCUAAAUUUCAUUGAGAACUUGUAAUAAACUACUAGUUUAAUUGAAAUUUUCUUUUCUGUUUUAGUUACCGUUCACUAACAGAUCAAAAUCAUGGCUGGUGAAAUGUUUACAUUCACAGUUUAUCCAUUUAUUUGAGACUCACUGUUGUGCAUUGUUUCCUGUUCUUUUUUAAA